AUGAUUCCUUACAUCACGGAAGGCGUGUGGAAGGGCCCAGAGGACCUCUCCAGCCAAUCGCAGAAGAGAGCCGAGGACGUGACCCGCAGCUCUGACCUGGAUAUCCUGAACAGUCCUCCGCUCAGCCUCACCGACCUGAGCACCAGCGCCGGCCUGGCCAACUGGAUGCCCGUGUCUGCCGGCGACACGGACUCCUCGGGCCCCGAGCAGGACAUCCAGCCUUCGAUGAGCUUCAGAAACCGGGUUCUCGAUGAGCUGCCGAGUCGGCGUCCCGGGGAUAAGUCCGUGUCGGCAGAAGUCAGACUGGNNGCAGAGCGGGACUGGGAGGAGAAGCGUGCCAGCCUGACCCAGUUCAGCGCCCAGGACAUCAAUCGCUUGCUGGAAGAGACCCAGGCCGAGCUGAUGAAGGCCAUCCCGGACCUCGACUUCGCUGCCAAGCACAUCAACAAGCCGGCGGUGCCCCCCAAGCCCCAGAUCACCAUCCCAAUAACCUCCACCACGGUUACUUCUCCAGCAGCUGGGAGCACGGCCACCACCACCUCAACCACCACGCCCAGCGGGGACCAGCAGCCUGGAAAAGUGCAGCUGGCUGCCCAGAAGCUGAACAGUAUGGAGGGGGCCGGUUCGCAUCGAGGGUCAGUGGAUCUCAAUGUGGCCAGGUAUCGUACAGAGAAACCCUCCAAGUCUCCGCCCCCACCUCCACCUCGCCGAAGCUUCCCGUCGGCACACGGCCUCACCACCAACCGCACUGGAGAGGUCAUCGUCACCACCAAGAAUCUGAAGAUGGAAGAAGAUGGUGACAUGCCUAAAACUCUGGUGAAGCUGAGGCGGACCCCCUCCGACACCCCGCGACCUGCCUCGACCCCGCCCGUGAUCGCAGCAUCGGCCAUUCAAGACGAGGACGACGAGGAGAAGAUAAUUGCUGAGCUGGAGAUAUUUCAGAGAACGCCUGUAAAUGAUUCUAAUAAACAGUACAGCACCCUCCCAAAGGCCACGCCCACUCCGCCAUGCACCUUUGGGUCCUUGGGCAGAAAGAACAGCAGCAACUCUCCGGGGCCGAUGAAGGGCCCCACCGUCGCCGCCCGGCUCAAACACCUUCAACAAGGCAGCCUAGAGAGGCCCAAAACCCGCAAGCAGAAAGAGGAUUUCCCCAAAGUCCAGGGCCAGCAGCAGGUAUUCCACUUCUAAAACCUCCACCUCUGACGCUCCGUCCGCCUCUCCUCUCUGCAGUCGCUGCGAAGGAAGUUGCCUCCCUGUGAAUUCUGCCAGACGAGACAAACUGUGUAGGCCCGAUCAGCACACACACCAGAGGGGGAACUAUCUACAGAAACCUUGAUUUUUACCAGUUCUUGAUGUGUGUUUUGAGUUACUGGAUCUAACCUAGCUUGCUUAGAGAUCAAGUUUUUUGUCGUACAAGUAUGUCGCUGUUUUGAUUUCCUGAGGAAGGUCUUGGUGGUGCUUGUGACUGAUUAAACUAGCUUUAUUAUAAGAGAUCUAUUCAGAUACAUCCGUUGCCUCCAUUGUGCGGCAUAAUCUCCAGUAAUGCCACGGAAUGAUUUCAUAUCUCAAGGUCGACGUGAUGAUAUUUCAUCGUGAUCCAGCCAUGUAUUCUCUCACUGAAACCUCAUCUCUUGCUCUAUUCAUCCAGCAAUUACCACAUGCUGCUCUCUUUCUAUCAUCCAUCCUUUAAAUCUGCAGGUAGGGCUGCAGCGGUUGCACAGUAUUUUUUGGUGUGGCUGGUAAUGAACAGCCCUGAAAGGUCCACGUUCCAGCCAAAAGGCCAAUCCAUUAAGCUAGCUCACUCAGAAUUGCCUUUUCUUUUGAGAGCUUUGAUGCUACGGCUUAUUAUGCAAGAAGACAAGAGUGAAGCACAAUGUCCAAGGUUACCUGAAAAAGCUGUUUUUGUAAACAAGCUUUUUUCAGUUUAAUGCGUGUGCAAUAAAAAUAUUUAUGGAUGAGAGUUGAUUUUAUUAAACUUUAAAGGUCCAGUGUGUAACAUUGAGGAGGAUCAAUUGGCAGAAAUGCAAUAUAAUAUUCCAGGUGUGUUUUCAUUAGUGUAUAAUCACCUGAAAAUAACAAUGAUUGUGUUUUACUUAAACUGUAGUUCAUAGAUGCCACUAAAUUCACACUGGUCCUUUAAAGCCGCUACGAGGAACUCUCAUGCUGUGUUGACUCUGGCGGCCCCUGUGGACAGAAGUGGUAGUGUUCCCACUGUCUCGUUUCAUUGAUUUCAAGGGGGAUCCGACCCGAUUUCAGGCACAAAGAAUAACUACAUAGAAAUCUGAUCGCUGAUGGUCCAAUGUGUGGGUUCAUACAGGCUGUGUUCACACCUCAAACCUUAGCUCUCAAUCCUGAUUUAUUGCUCAGAUCUGGUUUGUUUGUUUCGCUUGACAAAUGUCGAUCUAGAGAGAUGUAAAAGUCACAUGAAUUCUGUUAUGACUGUGAGAACCACAUAAGAAAGUAGACCGAAUCAGAUUUAAUGUGAUUUGUCAGAUCUAAGUCACAUACAGGCAAAAAAAAAAGUCUGAUUUAGUACACUUUUCUGUUUCGUAACCAGUUAAAAACUCUUUGUAGUACAUUUAAGUAUUUAAAGGGCUUUAUAUUUAACAGAAAUUAUACAGAAGUUGCUCAAAUUCAGUUGUUAAAUUUCAGAUCUAAUAAUUAGUCAAAAAAAUUAAAUGUACAAACCACCAGUCUGCUGAUAUAAUCAAUGGAGCCUGAAUUGAAGCGAUCGGAUGUCAUAUCAGGUUACAUUCUGUCAAUCACAUGACCCGCAAAAUAAAUAAUUCAAAAAGAGGCUUUAUAAUAUACUUUAUUAUCCCUUUUUUAGUCACAUGACCCACAAACGUUGGAAAAGUUGAAAUGAAAUUGUAAAAUUUAAAAUCACUGAGUGAAUUUCAAACCACAUAAAUCCAGAUAAAUGUUUGUGAAAGUGGAAUAAUUCAUAUUCAGUCGUAUACAGUGCCAACAUAAAGUAUUGUAGUUUCCUAUAAAUCCUCCUGCAGACAACCAGUCGCUCUCUUUUUCCUUCUCAUGACUGCUUCAGCUCCAAAAAAGAACUUCAAACAAAAGGUGGGAAAAACUGUAAACAGCUUCUCCAUAAAACAUAACUUUAACAAGAUACUGGGAAAAAAAAAUAAGACGUCUUCCUGCACCAGCAGGGGAAAUAAACGGUCCAAUCAGAGCCGAGUAUGGAAAUGAAACCAGCUCCAGGCUCACGAGAGGCCAGAGGGAGGCUCUGUAUGUGUGAGCGGGAGGUUAAACUCAGUGCUUGGCUGACGAACUCCGAAGCCUUUUUAGAUGUGAAGCUCCGCUCGUCUUAUCUGCUCCCGCAGACACUCCAAGCUGCCCCCGACCUGCUGAGUGGAGCAGCCUUGACCCAUCCUCCGCCACGAAAAAGAGCUUUCAGAAAAUACUCAGAGAGAGAAAAUGAUAAACCGUCCAGACAGUGAGCACCUUAACUGCUCACAGACGUCCACAGUUUCCACCCUGAAUCUCUACAACUGCAUUUUUAAAAUGAGUUCAUGAAUUUAGCCAUUAAUCAUGCAUUACCUCAUUUAUAAGUUCAUUUCUCCCUAAAAGCAGCUCGUCCGCAGGAGCCCACACAUAUUUGAGAGACGUCCAUGUAUCAGGUUAUGACUCCCAGGAAAGGACGGCCUCUUUGACAAUAGCCUCCAUUAGCCGUAACAGCAAUUAGCACAUGGCUAACAUGGCUGACCUCAUCACUUGACAUGCUGAAGCCAUCUGGGCGAGCGUGGCGCUUCCCUCCGCAGCGAGACCUCCGGGAUUAGUAUUCAGGGGGCCGGUCGGGUCUUGUGCAGGACUGAAUAUCAACUCCCUUAUUGCUUUUUAAAAAUUCAUCACCCAAAGAGCCUAUAAGCAAAUAAUGGUUUGUUUUUUUGUGCAUAAAUUCAGCUCGUGGCUUGAGAUAAUGACAUCAAACUUGGUGUUAAUGUGGAGCAGAAACACGUAUUCUCUUACGUAUCCUCAACGCAGCCACACGAGCAAAGUUAUCUGCUUUGGUUCAGUGUCAGUAGAGAAAAAUGCAUCUCUGACACCCUAAACUACAUACAGAGCUGUGGGUUGUGGGUCCAAUGCAGCAGAUUGUGUAAUAGUUAAUGUAAAGAAUGCUGAUACAGUAAAACAGUCGCACAACAAAAGUUAAACUUUGCUGCCAUUGCAGUCACUUUAUUAUUUUAUUUCCAUUCACACAUUUUCUGCUGUAGGUGAAGGAUGCAGUAAACAUCACAUGAUUCUUGUUCCAAGCCUCGGGGCAAAUGAAAGCAUUGUGGAUUGUGAAAUGUUUGUUAACCAGAGGCUAUUACACUGCAGCUUCCAUCUACAACAACUGCCAAACUAAUACCACCAAAUAUCUCAUCUAACUUUUGUCGAACCUGUGCAGGAGUUUUGUUUUCCGCCACGGCUCCAGAGCUCCUCCUGUUUAUUCCUGAGUUUGAUGGAAAAGUUGCUGCUCCGCUGCGCAAAAAAACGAAAAGGAGGCGGCACACUUUAUAAUCCCCUUUUGGAGUCUGGGUGGUGCACCUGUCUGCCAGUCCUUUUGUUCCUGAGAGCGGUGGGAGAGCCGCAGAUGUGCCGGCGUCCCCCCCGAGGCACAGAGCAGCACCUUGUCACCACAAACUGUUUUCUUUUAUUGUUGAACUUAAGCUGUUGUCAAGCUUUGGAUUCUUCCUCUUCCAACACAGUUACAGACAAUAUGAGCAUUCAGAGGACGUGAAAGGCUUUUUUAAGUGUAUUUCACUCAGCCGGUCUUUUCUUCAGGCGUUACAGUCGGCUGUUAAUCCUCACCAGCCUGCAAAGAAUUCAUCUUCGUCCAAGUACUGUUAGCCAAAACUGAGAUUUUCUUCUUUGAUCUGGUCCCUUGAACAGAAGCAUUAUUGCCCCACGGAGUCAAUACUUUAUCACAACUUGGGUCUUAUUUUUGUAGUUUUGGCUCGUUUCUAUCAGUAAUAUUAUUAUUGCACUGAUGAAAUCAGUUAUUGAGAAGCCAGACGGGUCGAGAGACAUGCAGACGAGCUGUAAGCAAACCUCCUUAUUAGCCAAAUUUAUUUAAAAAGAGAAAAGAUGAAAAGUAAAAUGAUGUCCAUCUCAGUUCACAGACCGACUCCUGACCCACUGAACUGCAGCUGAGUGCAGUUUAUGAGGAAUUAUUACUGACACUGUUGUUUCAGUCAUCCAGGCUCAUUAGCCCUCUGCUCAGGUUGAAGUCGGGCGGAGCUAUGAUGGAAAAGGUCCCUAAACUCGGUGUACCAAUAAGAAUAAUCGUUGUAAGCUGUCGCAUUAGGAGAGUGGAGGAGGUGUUAAUUAAGCACAAUCUGUGCUCACUCGAGCAUCAGGAAAUAAAUAAGUGAAAACACCUGUAGGGCUUUUCACACUGCGCUUAGCACCAGGCUGUUAGAGGUUCAGUGUGAACGUACAGCCAGGGGGCUUAGGGUUAACCCUGGGUUUACUGUGUGUGUGAAAGGGGGGUAAGUCAUCCCAGGGUCGACUCUUACCCCGGGGCUGAGAAUACGCAAUGUGACAAGCACUUGUGAGGGUGACAGUGUACGAAGGCAGUUUCAAAAUAUAUUUGGCAGGUGAUUGGAUGAACCAUCUAUCUAUCACUGGUGAACUUUAACCAAUAAGAUCAAUAAACCAUAUCACAAAGUCAAAGUCUUUGUGAGAGAGAAGAGUCUUCGUCUUUCAAUAAAAUAAAUACUCUUCAAUUCUGAUGUAACUGAUGCUAGCAGCAUCUAUGCUAACCUCUGUUAACAGUUUCUACUGGCUGCGUCACACCUAGCGCCCGCCCCCUGUCGCCGCUGCCUUGCAGAGGUUACGGAGGGCUUUAGGGUUAGCUGAGCAAGCUGUAAACAAUAUCUGACAUAGCAUUACUUAAAAAAUAUUUUUUUGGCUAGCAUGUUAAAAUACUCGACUGAAACAGUGUGAAGAGUGUAAAAUGUGUCGAUAUCUGUUUUAUAAUAUAAUAUAUAAUAACUUUUAUUUAAAAAUCUUGUUCUGUAAGUAGUUCUCUAGUAAAUAUAGCAACUUCUGAUCAACCCAGAUUCAUUUCAGGCUUAAACGAACAA